UCUUCAUCAGUUCACAAGUACAACAAUCAUAGCUUCCAAAGCAUCACACUAUACACAGCCUCGCCAAAUUUCUUGUCCAUUAAGCAACAUCUUACUCCUACUUCAAAAUCGACACUAUAAAAUCCGACCGUUUUUCACAAUGUCUCGAUAUGCCGAACGUUACGCAUCAAGAAAGGGACCUGGGGACCAACGUCCAACGGCCUUGGAAAUUGUCCAAGAUGAGAAUCUUGUUGGAAAACUGACUGGAAGAGUCGCUCUCGUUACUGGUGUUUCCUCCGGCAUUGGAAUUGAGACAAUGCGCGCAUUUCAUGCCGCAGGGCUUACCGUAUACGGCACCGUACGGAAUCUCGCAAAGGGCCAGAAGGUUGUUGAUGAGAUUCUCGCAGCAGAUCCAGAUAACAAGGCCAGGAUAGAGUUGAUUGAGAUUGAUCUGGAGAGCUUUGAUUCUAUCAGAGCAGGUGCUGCAGAAUUCCUGAGAAAGGAGAACACAUUGAACAUUCUUGUAAACAACGCUGGAGUUAUGGCAUGUCCUGAAGGUAGAACGAAGGACGGAUGGGAGAUUCAGUUCGGCACUAACCAUCUCGGCCACUUCCUUCUAUUCCAGCUGCUCAAAGCGACUCUGCUCGCAUCUGCUACACCAGAGUUCCCCAGCCGCGUUGUGUCCGUAUCCUCCAUUGGUCACCGCAGCAACUCCAUCAACUUUGAGAAUAUCAAUCUUGAAGGCGAGUAUGAACCAUUCAAAGCUUAUGGCCAAUCGAAAACGGCGAACAUUUGGUUCGCAAAUGAGAUCGAGCGUAGGUACGGGGCUAAGCACCUUCACGCUACAAGCGUUCAUCCCGGUGGAAUACUGUCAGGAUUGAUGGUACAUGUCGCAGACACUCCAGAAAUAAAAAGCUUGUCCAAAGAUCCAGUGGCACUGGCAUAUUUCAAGACACCAGAACAAGGCGCUGCGACUAGCGUCUACGCGGCGCUCAGUGAGGAGUGGAAGAACAAGGGGGGGAAAUAUUUGUCGGACUGCGUUGAGCAAAGUCCCUUCCCCAGUGACGCCUCUCAUUGGAUGUCGAUUGCUGACGGCGACGGCUACGAGAGAUGGGCUUACGAUCCAGAGUCGGAAAAGAAGCUAUGGGCCACAAGCCUCAAAGCAGUCAACAUUGAGGACGACCAGAAGAACAACAAUUAAUUAGAAGUGGGAAUCCAUAGUUCAUC